UUACCGAGUGAGCAAGAAAAAGCGGGCUACUGGUGGCAGGGAGCAAAGGAAGGAAACGUGAGGAAUGGCUGAAAGCUGACUGUGUUUUUCUACAGGAAACAAAUCAGGAGGGAAACGAUAGCAAAAAUAACGCACCAAGUGUUUCCCAUUUCGGUUGGAGAAUUGUAUUGAGGCUUCUUAUUUUGUCCACGUACGGAUCCGUCUGGUUUGCUGAUUUAAUGGGACAACGAAAACGGAAAAAAAGCAAAAGGUGUCGAUUUUGUCGUCUGUGUGGACGGGUGAUACUUAUUUUUAUGGGACCAACACUCCACACGGGAUGAAUAUGAGGACACUUAGUGCAAGGUAAACCGCAUUGUUUGAGUAAAGAACAUGUCCCAGACUUGACAGGGGUAGUUUAAGGAUAUAUGUUUGGUGGGACUGAUGCAUUAACAUUUUAUAUCCUUGAAGUGGUCGACUACCUAUCAAUAAUAAUACGUGUUCAAGCUUCUUGGACAAGCCAUCACAACAGAGCAGUCACACGAAAAGUAGCCUACAUGUCCUUAUAAGAGAAACACGUAAAGCCAUUUUGCUCAGUCUGAACAGAAGAAAAACAUGCGCGUGUUUGUCAUCUGGAUAUUUUUGCGGUUGUUUUCACUACGGGAUGGUGCAGCUGGUCAAGUACAAUCCACUCCGGCUAUUUGUUCGUCCUCAUGCAGCUGCGACGAGGACGGAGGCGCCGAUUGCUCUGGGAAAGGUCUGACCACUGUCCCGACUGGUCUAAGCGCCUUCACCUACUAUCUUGACAUCAGCAUGAAUAACAUCACAGAGCUCCCGGCAUUUGUCUUCAAGAACUUCCCCUAUCUAGAAGAACUACGACUGGCAGGAAAUGACCUCUCAUUCAUCCACCCUGACGCUCUGUCUGGACUACAUCAGCUCAAAGUCCUGAUGUUGCAGAAUAACCAGCUGAAUGUUCCAAGUACAGCUAUAAAGAACCUCUACUCUCUACAGUCUCUACGUCUGGAUGCCAACCACAUCACGACGGUGCCUGAGGAUAGCUUUGAGGGCCUCCAGCAGCUCCGCCACCUCUGGCUGGAUGACAACAGCCUGACUGAGGUCCCAGUGGGCCCCAUGAGACACCAGGCUAACCUGCAGGCUCUCACCCUGGCACUCAACCGCAUCACCCACAUCCCCAACAAUGCCUUUGCCAACCUCUCCAGUCUGGUGGUGCUGCAUCUGCAUAAUAACAGAAUUAAGGAGAUUGGGGAGAGCUGCUUCACGGGGCUAGAGAACCUAGAGACGCUGGAUCUUAACUUCAACAACCUGAUGACCUUCCCAGAAGCAAUCCAGGCACUGCCCAAACUGAAGGAGCUUGGAUUUCACAGCAACGACAUAGCAGCCAUACCUGAGGGAGCCUUCCACAAGAACCCUUUGCUCCGCACCAUCCACCUGUAUGACAACCCCCUGUCCUUUGUGGGAACUUCAGCCUUCCAGAACCUGUCUGACCUGCACUCCCUGAUGCUACGUGGAGCCAGUAUGAUGCAGGAKUUUCCCUGUCUCAUUGGGACUAACAACCUGGAGAGUCUUACUUUGACAGGCACAAAGAUUGCCGCMAUACCGGUUGAGCUCUGUGAGGAUCUCAAGGUGCUGCGGACUCUAGACCUGUCCUACAAUGAGAUUGAGGAGCUGCCUUCCUUCCAGGGCUGUCUAAAGCUGCAGGAAAUAAGCCUGCAGCACAACCACAUCCAGCAAAUCGACAGGGACACAUUCCAGGGUCUGUCUGCCCUGCGCUUGCUGGACCUGAGUAGAAAUGAAAUGAAAACCAUCCACAGAGAUGCUUUCCUCUAUUUGACGGCGCUAACAAACCUAGACCUGAGUUUAAACUCGCUGACCAGCAUUCCAACAACUGGACUGAGUUCCCUGAACCAACUGAAACUCACAGGAAACCUGCAGAUGAAAAAUGUAUUUACUGCAAAGAGCCUCCCCAAACUCAGGUCAGUAUCAGUUCCCUAUGCUUACCAGUGCUGUGCAUUUGUGGGAUGUGAUUCUUCAACAACUUCCACUGAUGAGGAGGACAUCAAGAAGGUUACAGGUGGAGAAGAAGUGGAGAGGAUAUCGAUGGUAAUGCACUGCUCUCCCUCUCCAGGAGCCUUCAAGCCCUGUGAGCACCUCCUGGGCAGCUGGAUGAUCCGUCUGACUGUGUGGUUCAUCUGCCUGGUGGCCUUGAUCUUCAACACUCUGGUGCUGGCAGCCACCUUCUCCCGCCGGGCCWUGGCCCUCUCCCCUGCCAGGCUGCUGGUUGGCCUCCUGGCCCUCACCAACCUGCUCACUGGGGUCUAUGUGGGGGUGCUCACUGUCCUGGAUGCUGCCACCUGGGGCUCCUUCGCUGAGUUUGGGGUCUGGUGGGAGACGGGGGUGGGCUGCCGGGCAACAGGGGCCCUGGCGGUGUUCUCCUCAGAGUGGGCGGUGCUGCUGUUGCCYCUGGCGGCUGUKGAGCGCAGCGUGGCGGUGAGRGGGCUCCUGGGGAAGGCCAUCUCACCCAGGAGGAGCAGCGAGAGGGGGKUCGGGGACMGAYGCUUCGCCCUGGCGGCUGCUCUMCUGGGACUCCUGGCGGCWGCAGCAGCCUGYCUGCCCCUCUUCAGUACCARCGACCCUUCAGCCUCCYCUCUCUGUUUACCCUUCUCUGGCGGUGAGGGCCCUGCACUGGGGGUCACUGUGGCCCUGGUGCUGCUCAACGCUCUGGCCUACCUGUUCACAGCAGCAGUGUACACCCAGCUGUACUGUGGCUUGGGCAGGGUGGAGCUGGCAGACCAGGAGCAGGCAGGGGCCGUACGCCAYGUGGCAUGGCUCAUAUUCACCAACUGCAUCUUCUUCUGCCCUGUKGCAGCCUUCUCCUUCGCCCCUCUACUGGCYAGGUCUGGCACCGUGGGGGGCCCUGAGAUCGCCAAGUCCAUCACGCUCAUCUUCUUCCCCCUACCGGCAUGCCUUAACCCCGUGCUCUAUGUUUUCUUCAGCCCCGCCUUCCGGGAGGACUGGCUGCGGCUGCGGGGCCAUGGAGCUGUGGCCCGGGGGGUGAAGGCUGGGCAGUGUGCAGGGGGCUCUGGGGUUGUGGAKGKGGACGGGGACUCCUCCACACRGCUGGGCUAUGACUGUGGGGUGUACUCCCAGCUCUGUGGGGAAACRGGCRUGUGUGAGCGCUGCGAGGCGGCUCUACACGCCAGGACCUCUUCCUCCUCAUCAUCAGUCUGCAGACACUUGGUGAAGUCCCACAGCUGCCCUACCCUCUCGGCUGGUGCGGCAGCGGGCCAGCGUACGGAGGGCUACUGGGCAGACAGCGGCACCCUCCCUGCCCAGUCAGAGUACGCUGACGAGGGGGACUCGUUUGUGUCCGACAGUUCCGACCAGGUGCAGGCCUGUGGACGAGCCUGCUUCUGCCAGAGCCGAGGGCUCCCUCUGGUCCACUACGCAUACAACAUACCUCGCAUCAAAGACUGAGAAACUCUUCAGCUGUGUUUGUGUGUGUGUGUGCAUCUGUGUUUGUUUGUGUGUGCAUCUGUGUUUGUUUGUGUGUGUGUGUUGGACACUAUAACAAAAAGAAAAGGUUUGUGAUACACAACAAAACAUGUGCAUGUGGGUCCCUGCACACAAAUCAUUCAGGAAGCACUUCUUUAAUCACUGUGUGAAACAGACUCAACUGUCACAAAAAGGGAAUCUGGCAUUAAAUUAGACUUCUCUGAGACUUUUGGCCAACACUUGUUUUGCCCAUCAAGAUUUACAACUGAUUCCUGUGUGUGAUAACACCAAACUGGCUGUAAAAAAUKUAACAAAAGAGGAAACCUUUCCACCAGUGCCUGCUUCUUGGUUUAGAGCAAAUUCGCCUGCUUCUUGGUUUAGAGCAAACUCAUUAUCAAGAUGUUACAAGCCUGAAUUCAUCUGUCACAUCUCUUGCUAAGGCAAGGAUCUAUGUGCCAUCCUUUUGUAGGUUCUACCUGUAGCUAGCUAUACGUUUUAUUUUAUUGUCAUUCCCUGGUCUGUCGAUUUUAAAGCCUUGCCAUAAUCGCUAUUCAUUUGUAUAUGUAGCAAAUGUAAUCAUAAUCCUCAUUCUAGGGUUGUUUUUCAUAUGAGAAUGUAAAGUAACUGAAAGGAGAAUUGUAUGGCAGCGGCUUUAAAUUAAGGGGUACUGACAAUGUGUUAAAUAUAAUCUGAAAGCUGCAUUUUCAGCCCUCCCAAUGUGAGCCAACUGAAUCUCCAGUCUGAAUCUGUUCAUGUAACUUCACAUGCCUUGUAUUCAUUCCUCAAGAGUACAAGACAAUGACUUAAAUGUUUAUUAUCUUUGACAAUAAGUGUCAACAAUUCUUCCUCRCUAUGAGUGAUAAAGUCUUGGAUGUCACGUGGGAAUGGAAGAGGGCACUGUUUUAACAACAGUCUUCCCAGGUUGUUGAGGAGAGUUUUAUGACUUUGUUUUGUCUCUUGGACUGAAAAUCAUUUCGUUGAACUGUGCUUUACCCCCAGGAUCGUUCUAAUUUAUUGCUUAAAGAGGAGCAGAAUGUCUGGGCCAUGGACAAGGUUAUUUCAGGUGUCAGGAGGUUGGCUUUGAAAGGUGAAUGCAGCAUGUACCACCAGCAUGUACCACAACCCAUUAAUUAUGAUCAAGAUGCACACAAUCCCACAGCUCAGCAGUGUAGCCAGUGUAAUGGAUAUCAUGGUGUAUAUUAUGAUAUAAUAACAACAUAUAAUGUUUCACUAUGAAACAUUUGAUUGGAUCAGGUUUGACUGUAGGGGAAUAUCUGUUUGAUGUGCACGAGCAUGACUUUGCGUAUGGGGCCUGCACCACACCACACCCUAGGAGCCUGUAUCCACAUGUGUAAUUCAUGCGAGCGCUCAGGAAAUUAGGCAAUGUAGGGAAGCCUAGACUCCCUCAACAUUUUGUUAAUGUGUCCAUAUUAUGAAGCUCAUUGGCUUUUGAAAUUAUAUCACAAAUUUUCUUAUUUUUGUAUGGAUUUGUCAAUGUUUUGACUGAGUGUAAUUUUAACCCCAACCAACUGUCCAGAUUGUAUUGGAGAUGUUUGAAGCCCGUACAUGCAAAUUCCAAAUCGGUGUGUAUUGCUGUCUGUUUAUCCAUAUUUAAAUUAUUUUUGAUAGAAAAACCAAUAAUCAAGAAUGGGAUGGAUUGACUAACCACGGAAGCUACCUCUUCAACUUUAGUGGCUACCAGCAGUGCUUUGUACGGUGUGUGUUCUUAUGCUAUUGAUAUUUUGGUUUGAACUAUAGGCUUUGUUUGUAAAUACAUCGUUGUACAGCGUCACUGAAUUGAAUUCAUGCUUUUAGUGGGAGGAAUGUACAGUAUGUACUGUAUACUGUGAUUUUUGUAAACCAAAUUAUAUAAAACCAUUUGCUUAAAAAAACA